GGUAUUGGACAUUAGCAAAACUUUGAUGUAUGAUUAUCAUUAUAAUGUGAUGCAGAAGCACUAUGGUGAAGACAUUACGCUUAUGUAUACUGACACAGAUUCACUAGUGUAUCACAUUAUGACUGAUGAUUUUUACUCUGACUUGUUGGAAAAUCCAAACUUGAUGGAUAGGUUAGACACGGCAGACUUGCCAUCUAACCAUCCGUGCUAUACAACAGCACGUAAAAAGGUGCCAGGUUUUUUUUCUGACGAGUCAAAGGGUGAUAUUAUAUCAGAGUUUUGUGCGUUGAGGGCGAAAUCUUAUGCAUAUAAGAUUCACUCAUCAAAUACGUCCGAUACUGCAGGAAGGGAGAGUAUUAAAGCUAAGGGGGUCCGACGUCAUGUGGUUAAGAAUCACAUGACUUUAGAGGACCACAGAAAAUGUCUGUUUGGGGAAGCCGGUGUGAAGGCUUACCAAGAAAAUGUGUCUAUUAGAUCAUUUAAGCACAAGCUGUUGACAAUCAAAACAAAUAAAUUGACGUACAACAGUUAUGAUGAUAAGCGGGUUGUGCUAGAUGAUAAAAUAAACACACUAGCUCAUGGACACUACUGUAUAGAAAAUGAUGAAUCUGAGUAUUGGCCUGGACUCGAUUUGCUGUUGUAUCCUGAUGGACAGUCAUGGACAGAUUCAGAUAAAGAAUUAUAUAAAUUGCUUGUACAAUGUUUAAAGGAAUAGUUAUACCCUCCAUUUUUGUAAACUGUUUAUUUAUAAAACCAUGUUAUUUGUUUGAUGUAUAUAUAUAUAUAUAUAAUUAAUUAUGUUGUAGUA